AUGAUGAACGGUUUCAAGGAAAAGGACCACCUCCACCACCUCGACGAGGACAACUUUGGCGCGAAGGCGGGGAGUAUAGUCAGCGCAUUUGACGCCUUUCCAAAAGCGAAACCCGAAUACGUAAAACGAACCUCGGGAGGCGGAAAAUGGACCAUCGUCAUGAUAGUAAUAUCCUCCUUCCUCAUCUUCACCGAGCUAGGCCGUUGGUGGCGCGGCCAAGAACACCACACCUUCGCCGUCGAAAAAGGCAUAGGGCGCUCGAUGCAGAUCAACGUCGACGUGGUAGUGCGCAUGCCGUGCCGGGACCUGCACGUCAACGUCCAGGACGCGUCGGGCGACACCAUCUUCGCGGGCAUGUUGCUCAAGAGGGAGGACACGGCGUGGAGCCAGUGGGCGGACGCCAAGGGCGUGCAUAAGCUGGGGGCGGACUCGAACGGCCACGUCAAGACGGGCGCCGGGUACGAUGAGGAAGGGUUCGGGGAGGAGCAUGUUCAUGAUAUUGUUGCGGCGGGGAAGAAGAAGGCGCGGUGGCAGAAGACGCCGAAAGUUAAGGGGACGGCGGAUAGCUGUCGGAUUUUUGGGAGUAUGGAUUUGAAUAAGGUUCAGGGGGAUUUUCAUAUUACGGCUAGGGGGCAUGGGUAUAGAGGUGUUGGAGAGCAUUUGCCUCACGACAAGUUCGACUUCUCCCACGUCAUCUCCGAACUCUCCUUCGGCCCCUUCUACCCCUCCCUCGUCAACCCUCUCGACCGCACCGUCAACACAGCAUCAGCGCACUUCCACAAAUUCCAAUACUUCCUCUCCGUCGUACCCACCGUCUACACGGUCGGAUACAAGGGCACUCCUUCUAACACGAUCCUGACGAACCAGUACGCCGUGACGGAGCAGAGCAAGGAGGUCGCCGAGCACGUGAUCCCCGGCAUCUUCUUCAAGUACGACAUCGAGCCCGUGCUGCUGACGGUGCAGGAGACGCGGGCGGGUCUCUUCGUCUUCGCCAUCAAGAUCGUCAAUGUGCUGAGCGGCGUCGUGGUCGCUUGCCAUUGGGGUUUUACAUUGAGUGAUUGGUUGAAGGACGUUUUGGGGAGGAGGAGGAGGAGUACGCUUGGGGUGCUUGGGAGGAAGGGUGAGGAGGAGGAUGAGUAG